AUGAAGCCAGCAGAGACCAGAUUCUCUCUACAGAGACCUCUACAGCACAGACAUCCAGACAUGGCACCUUCAAUCACUUCAGCAAUGACCAACUCUCAGGAACAUCUGACUCUGACACACAAGCUCAGAAAGCCUCAGGUGGAGAAGCUACGCAGAGAGCGAAUCAACAGCAGCAUUGAGCAGCUCAAGUCUCUCCUGGGUCCAGAGUUCAAACAAGAGCCAGACUCCAAGCUGGAGAAAGCAGACAUCCUGGAGAUGACAGUUUGUGUCCUCAGACGACUGCAGCAGCAGAAUCACCAGCAGAGAAGACUGCUGAACCACUUCAACAAGCUGCAGCCUUCCUCUGAUAAGAACCUGAGAGAGGCUGACUUCUCUCCUCUGAGCUCCACAGUCCAGACCAGCAACACCAAAGAGAAGAGUCCAGUCAACAGCGCCCCCUGGAGGCCGUGGUAGACACCUAAAGACUGGAGUUACUACCAGACAAACUGAGACGACCACAUUGGUCAAAUAUUUCUGGACUGAAUUCUGUGAAAUUUCAAAGACUUGUUCUUCUGUUUUUACAGAAGGCUUUUCCCUUUUCAUGGGAAAUGAGAGCAAAAACAAUUCUUUUAAGAAAGAGAACUUGUCAUUGUCAUGCAUGUUGCAUGAACAUAAACUAAUUGCAUCAGCAAUUAUAAUAAUAAUUCCUGUACCGGAUACCACCUUUAAAUAUUUGCUAUGCAUAUACAUGUGGUAUUUCUGUUUACAUAUAUCUUAGUAUGCUACGGUAACAUUUGUUAUCUUUUUAUUUGCUAUUAUUAUAAUGAUAAAACGAUGCCCGUAUGGACUAGGGUUCAUUUUUGUUUCUAAAACAUUUUAAAGAGAUCUGUUCAGAUUUAAAUGCUUACUCCUUUUCAUUCAAAGGAUUUCCUUAUGUCACAAUUUUCUUGUGAUACUUAUUUGAUGACCUGCUUGUCAAAGUGAAAAAAAUAAUGGUGUCAUUUGUUUCUUCUUAGGAAGGCAUGAACAUUGAUUAUUUAAAAAUGAUCUGUUUCAAGAUCAAUGUAAGUUUAUUUCCUUUAGAGGAUGGUUUAAAUGUCAUAUCGUCAGUUUUCCACUGACCUCACAAUGUUUGCAUUUUGAUAAUCAAUUAUAUUAACUGAUUAUUAAGAAAGACUGUUGAAGGGUUAAUUUGUUUAAUCCAUAUUGAAAACAAGUCUCAAGAUAAAGUGAGUACUGUGUGCUCAAACGUCAUGUGUCUUUUAUAAAGACGGUUGUUCCUUUACUCUCUUUGAGUACAGUGUGUCUUGUAGAAAUCUACAAGCUGCUGUUGUGAUGCAUCAUCACCUCUAGAUGGAGCUUUCUUACUUCAUCUUCCUUCAUGUGCCUUGUUCAAUAAAAAACAAUGCAAA